AUGUCGUCGGGCGAAGGUCAAUGUGAGAACAGCUGCGAGGAAGGUCUUGCAGAAUCCGCGCCAUUGCUGGCUACUUCACCCGACAACGGCGACGAUGGCAAACAAAAGGACCACUCUACGCUCCUCUGGAAAAUCUACAUGGUCGUCUUCUUCUGUAACCUGGGAUUCCAAAUCCUGCAACCGGCCCAGACGCAGAUCUACGAGACCAUCUACUGCUCAGAAUGGUAUCGUCGACACCCCAUCGACUUAUUACCAUCACCCACCGGCAAAAUCCCUGAGUCAUAUUGCAAGAUAGGGCCCGUGCAGACGCAGAUAUCUACACUCAAGGGAUGGUACGAAUUCUUCGCCGCGGCGCCGGGUCUAGUGAUGGCCAUCCCAAUGGGGAUCCUCACCGAUGCCGUCGGUCGACGACACCUGAUGAUCCUCAACAUCACUAUCCUUUGCCUAGGACAAGUUUGGGUCACCUUUGUUACCUGGUUCGACGGCAAGAUACCCCUUCGGGCAAUUUGGGCAGGCGCGGGUCUCAACAUUGUGAAUGGUGGAAUUAUCGUGACGGAGUUGCUGUUUGUGUGUGUCUUGACGGACAUCAGUCCGAGCGAUCGAGUAGUAGAGACCUUCUUCCGCUCCACGGCAUUUGGACACUUCGCAAAGGUCCUCGGACCCGUGAUCGCAGCGACCCUCAUGCGGCGCGAUCCGUGGCUCGCUAUCUACCUUGGACUGGCUCUGCUAGGCAUGACGGUGAUGCUCGUCGCCACCGUGCCAGAAACCCUGCACAUGCAAGUGGCUGCACGGAACGACCAGGCCGAAGGGCAAGGGGAUCAGACCACCACGACAUGCGCAGAUUCCCGAGGCGACAGCAUCAUCCGCAGCAGAUGGCGACAACUCAACCUGGGCCGCCUGAUCAAGAUCUGGAGCGACUGGCGCCUCAUAUUCGUGGCACUGACCUACCCGUUCCGGCUGGUCUGCUACGCGCUGAGCGAUCUGCUGCAGCGGUACGUGUCGGACCGGUACGGGUGGACACUCGCGGACGCAACACUCGUCUACUCUUUGCAGGCCGUCGCGGCGGGCCUGGUGCUAUUCACGCUGCUACCGUGGAUUUCUGCACGGAUCGACGCGCGGUUCGCAUUCAGCACCAUCCAGAAAAACGUGGUGCUGGCUCGGACGUCGCUGUUCGUGCUGGUCGUGGCUUAUGCCGUCAUCGGCCUCGCGCCCAACCCGGCCGUCAUGAUUAUUGGAUUGCUGAUCGAGACGCUGUCGACAGGGUUUCCCGCAACGCUGCGCGCGCUGGCCGCCGCGCUGAUCGACGCCGACGACAAGGGCCGCGUCUUCUCCGUCCUCGCCAUUGUAGAGACCCUUAGUAUCAUGCUCGCAUACCCCGUCACCGCAGCCUUGUUCAAUGCCGGUCUCGACCGCGGUGGGGGUCCCUGGCUCGGUUUGCCGUACGACGUCAUUUCCGUGGCCGCUGCUUUGGCCUGUGUCACCAUGUGCCUUGUUCGCUUCGAGAGGCCUGUAAGGAUUGUGUGA